AUGUUUUUGCCUGCCGCACCUUUGCUCUGUUUGAGUGCUGUCCUCUUCCAAGCAGCAUCUGCUUCCAAAUGCUCACCUGGAUAUUUUCCCAAGCCCGAAGUGACAGGCGCUGCCAUUCUCGACAUUCAAGCCCACGAAGCUCACAACUUUUCCACCGUCAGCCUUGGGCCCGGAACGAAUGAUGGUGGUCGGUAUACCAUCAGCUUCUGCAAUGUCACGGUCCUCCAUACCCACCCAGGCUGGAACGACACAAUUACUACGCAAGUGUGGCUCCCGCUCGAGGGUUGGAAUGGCAGGUUCCAAGGCCUGGGCGGAGGUGGCUACAGCACCGGGUUUGGUGCUACAUACCUCACGUACGCCGUUGCCCAAGGAUUCGCUGCGUCAUCCACCGAUGGCGGCCACGCCACUGGGACGGGAGCCAUUCCCACCGAGCUUGAGUGGGCUCUCAGCAGCAAAGGCAACGUCAACUGGUUCCUCUUGGAAAACUACGCAUCGAAAGCCACAAACGACAUGGCCGUCAUUGGAAAGCAAAUCACCAAGUCCUAUUAUCAGAGAGCGGCCAAUUACUCUUACUUCACCGGAUGCUCUGGUGGUGGACGGCAAGGCCUUGCGAUGGCUCAGAAUUUCCCUGAUGCGUUCGAUGGCAUCUUGGCCGUCGCUCCUGCUUUGAAUAUGGAAACCUUCAUACCGGCGGCAUAUUGGCCCACCCAAGUGAUGCACAAUCUAGGCACUUACCCAUCCCCCUGCGAGAUCGAGGCUUUUGUUAGUGCAGCCGUCAGCGCCUGCGAUUUUCUAGAUGGCGUUCAAGACGGUAUAAUUAGUUCACCUGACCUGUGCAAUGUCACGGCUCACAGCUUCGUUGGACAGGAAUAUACUUGCAGAGGGAAAACACACAAGUUGACUGCUUCUGGCGCCGCCGCCGUUCAGGCAGCCUGGUCAGGUUCCGGGAAAGGCGGUUGGUUUGGAGUAAACAAAGAUGCAAUGCUCACCACUCUCUACAUCCCCACUGCGUGCGCUGCCAACGGUACAUGUUAUUCCUCCGGGGCUGACCUGUCUGGGAAUUGGUUCCGGUAUCUUGUUGCCAAGGACCCAGAGUUUGCUUGGAACAAUAUGACUGAGUCCGCGUUCUUCACAAGUCUGCAUGAAUCCGCUUUCCAGUAUGCGCCGAUGCUUGCGAAUACCAACCCUGACCUGUCCAAGUUCAAAGCCAACGGUGGCAAGGUAAUCACCUGGCACGGCCUUGCUGAUGAAGCCAUCCCGCCGCGAGGAUCGACCAAGUAUUUCGAGGAGGUAUUGAAGGCGGAUCCAAGUGCCCAUGACUUCUAUCGUCUGUUUGAGGCACCCGGAGUUGGCCAUUGCCAUGGUGGUCUCGGACCAGUUCCGAAUGGUGCCCUCUCUCAACUCACGGACUGGGUCGAGAAAGAUCUUGCUCCGGCUACUCUACAAGCCACCAAAGGGAACAACGGCACAGCGAGAGACUUGUGCCCCUACCCUCUCCAACAAAAGUUCAUUGGAGGAGAUGCUAGGAAUGCGUCAUCUUUUGCCUGCGUCUAG